GCGCCGCGCCCUGGCGGAAGUGUCGGGGCCGAGGCCGGCGCUGAGGAGGGUGCUGAAGAUGGCAGGCACCUCCCCUUCAUGGACUGGCAGUGCUUACCUGUUCCUUCAGUCCACCUGCAAGACCAUCACGCUGCCGUCCCUCUACGAGAGCUCCCAGAAGAAGCCUUGUGUGUUCAAGGCCCUGAAGCUGGCAUUAGCAGACUCCACGGGCAGCGUGAAUGGCGUGGACAUGCUCAAGGUGCACUGCAGCCACCCCCACCUGAUCGUGCAGCUGCGGUUCUGCAGGCAGGAGAACUGCCGCCGCUUCCUGCGCAGCUACCGCGAAGGAGCGCUCCAGAAAUCCCUCCAGAGCCACCUCCAGCUCUCCUUGGCCACAACCACGGUGCCUCUGGAAGUGGAGCUGAAGGCUGGCAGUGAGCACCUUGACAAGAUGCUGAAGGAUGAGGAUCGCUGCCUGGAGUGCAUCUACAGAGAAAAGCCUGACCGCCUGCCAGACGAGGAGAUCACAGAGCUGGAGGAAUGCCUCAAGAGCCUGAUGCUUCACCAGAGCACCAACAACAAUGUGGCUGCAAAAGACUGCACAUCUCUGAAGUCCCCAUCUCAGCCUCAUCCCCCUCAAGGCAGCUCCCUUCCCCCACAGCUCACCUUCAUCUUUCAGGGACAAAAGUUUGACAACAGAACAAUCACACCAGAUGACCACCAGAAGUUUGCCAAGUCCGUGUCCAAGAAGUGGAAGCAGGUGGGUCGCUCCCUGCAGAGCUCGUGCCGCGCCCUGCGCGACCCCGCCAUCGACACCGUGGCGCUGGAGUACGAGCGCGAGGGACUCUAUGAACAGGCCUACCAGAUGCUGCUCAGGUUCAUCCAGUGCGAGGGCAAGAGGGCCACCAUAGCCCGGCUGGUCACAGCCCUGGAGGAGAACGGUCUUGUCAGCCUGGCUGAGGAGCUCCUGGGCCUCCAUUCCAGCGAGGAGUGCUCCUAGAGCCCGGGGACAGUGCCAUUGCUAAGGGCUUCCCUGCUUUAGCUACUGUAGGAAACGGCUGCCAGUGUCUGGGAAUGUAAAGUCCUGAACGUCACCACAGGUUUCCAUAGGGGUGGAAAUGCUCAGGGGAGAGGUUCUGUGUCUGCAGAAGCCAGCAUGGACCUCUGAUUUGCCUUAUUUCAUUGUGUUUUCAGAAAUAUAGCACUACCUUCCUGUGAAUGGUGAGAGGCUUUCACCCUGACUUCCUUCAGGACUGUGACAGGGAAGCAGCCAGACAGAGAGCCCUAGGGGAGAAUUAGGGAGAGGAGAAAAGCAAGCAAGGCUUCUCAUAGAAUUUCUCUGGGAAGCAGAAAAUGCCACUGCUUCUCAGGCUGUGUCCAGGGCCAUCAUCUGGAGAGCUGCAAUAUAUUUUUACAUUGAAAACAUUUUUGCCCUCAGCCAUGACAUCAAGUAAAGAAAAAGGAGAAAGUAAGGAAAUACCAAUUUUAGGUUAUUUUCCUUCUUUGUUUGAAGAACAAAGAACAUUCAUGGCCAGAGUAUCUGUUCUGCCCUGCUCUGUUAUAGCUCCUUCCCACCUCUCACCACCUGAAGGCUUUCCUUCUCCCUGGGACAGCCUCAGUCUUCCACAGGGCAAAAGAUUGCUGCUGUACAACAAAUGGCAGACACUGAACAAACAACAUGGACAAACUCAAAUUCAGACAAUGAUUGUCAACAUUUUCUCAUCUGUGGCAGACAGUAAUACUGUUGAUUGGCUCUUGCCUGCCAGCCUGAGGGAGCCUGCAGCUGUGGAAAGCCAAACACAGUGCUGGAAGGAAAAGAGCCUCCUCAUCAGCAAGGUGCCUGUGGAGCCUGGUUUGGAGCUGCUCCCUCAGGGCAUUGCAGCAUCAGAUGCCAUUCUCAGACCACAGAGCUGAGCAAUCAGCACACCCAGCUGGCUGCUCUCACCUCCUGGCCACCCUCAGCCUGCUGGGCCCCUGGAGGGGACAGCUCACCUGCUGUGUCCCACAGGUGUCAGGAGCUACAGAGAGCCUUUCCCUGGCACUGCUGUCACUGUGUGACAAUCCAACACCAGCUGCCACCGUGCCUGGAUUCACCUGCACUGAUUUUUAGGGUAAAAAUGGUUUAAGAGACAAAUCUCCCAAACCCCAGGGCUGACUUCUGCUUUCAGUUCCUGUGGGAGAAGCUGAGUGUCUCCUGAUAUGUCAACACAGCAGCUGCACUUCUGCUGUGACAAAGCACAGAGCAGUGAGUGUCUGGCAUGACAUGGCUCCUGUGAAGCACAAAAGCAGCUCAGUUACCUUUGCCAUAUUCCCAGUGCUUUCCUGAUAGGUUUUUACUGAUACUACUCCAUUAAUUCUAUCCUUUCUUUCCCUUCCCAUCUGUGGCAAUAGCCAGUGGGCUGUGGAAAUGUUUUCAGGUGCAGGGGGGGACUCUGGCCACACACACCAAGUCUGUGUGCACAUGACAAUAUCAGGCUGCUAGCAGCCAUGGUAGGAACAACUUGGAGGAGCACAACCUCAGAUUCAGGUGUGGGCUCAGAUCCAAGCUCCUGGGGCUGGAUUCCCAUACCUUCUGCUGGAACAGCUGAGCAUCAGUCACUGGGGAUCUGGAUGGGCAGGAUUUAGAUGGCCUGCUCUGAGCCAGCUGGGGUCAAAUGAGCUGAGUAUCCCAUCCUCAGUGUAAGCCAGGGAAACAUGACCUGUUUUCUGCAGAUUUUGAACCCCUGAGGUUACAUACAGAACCAGGAAAGGAAGGGGUUAUGUAUGGGGAGAAGGUUUUCAGGUGUGAGUGAAUCUGUUUCCAUCUUGCCCCUACCUGCCAAGGAAGCAGGACUUCAUGCAGGCACCAUCUCUGCAAAGACUGUGGCUCCAUCACCUUUUAUUAAGCCAUUUUAUAUCAGUGCCAUUGCAGUUUCAUCCCCUCCAUUCCUGCUCACACAUCCCACCCUCUCCCUUCCAGUAGUACCAGUGCUCUUCCCAAAAGGAAGCAAUGACCUCUCUGACAGUUUUGCUUUUGGGACCAACACAGUGGUGCUGAUCUUGCCUAAUUUAGGCUGCUGUGGAUCCACACCUCAGAGCAUUUAGCUUUCCUGCCAAAUCCCAGCUGGGGAACUCCGUUUGGCAGAAACCCAUCUGAAAAAUUGUAUUUUAAAAAAUUAAAAAGUCAGAAACUUGAAAUUUACUUUAAGAGCAAGAGAGUUUGCUCUUGAUUUUGCAGAAAUUAAUUUUUAAGUAAUUGUUGUCAUAUUCCAUAUGCAUAUGACCUUGUUUUUUAAGAAAAGAAGGUCACAUGCAUAGCCUGCCGUCUCAUUUGCAAAUAAUUUUUCUAAGCUCUCAGACCAGCUAUAUGUGCACAAGUUGCACAUAUAUAUAAGGCAGCCACUGAGUAGUGACAAUUACUAGUUUUUGUAGCAUGUUAAUGCUCAAAAUGAGCAAGUCUUAUUAUUCAGCAUCUACUUCAAGUCCAGAAAACUUUUUACUGCUGUUACUGUUUUGCAGAGGACUAACCAUGAAUGCUUUCUUCUGAAUGUAAAUGUUUUCUUUCUGCCAGUGACUGGCAUGUGUAUUUCCUCUUACAUAUUCCCUGUCAGAAGUGCCAUUAAGUGCUGGAGCCCCUGGCAACCUUUCUGGAAUGUUUAAUCUCCAACAGCAUUCACAGGUGCCUUCAUUGCAGAGACUUGAAGGAAAAGGGUUUUUCAGUGACAUUCCAUGGUGAAACUGUCUCCAGCACAUGGCAUGGUUUGGGACAUAGCAGUGGCUGUUUCAUACCUCCUUUUCCAUGAGCAGUCAUCAUCAUGGUGGGAGAUAAGCCAUGGACAGUGCUGCUGCUGGAGAAAUUUGCCUCAUCCCAGUACCUGCUCUUCUCCAUAUACUGAGAUAUAUCUGUGAAAAAGAAAAAAAAAAAAUCAGGGGUCAUGCUAGUGUUUCAGAACCAAACACAACAUUAAAAGCAAAUAAAGGUGCUAAUUAAUUCCAUAUAGAAUCUAAACCAGAAAAAACAUAGAACAAGCAGCAGAAAUCAGGCCAAAAUCUGCUUACAGGAAGAGAUCCAAGAGGGCUUUUUUUUCUGGUACAGAUUGUUUUUGUCAUUUUAACCAUGUUUCGGGUUUGAAGGAGCCUCCAUUCAGUCUGCCAGAAGGCAUAAAAGUUCCAUCCAAAGGAGAAUUUGAAUGAUUUGUUUUGGCAUAGCUGACCACAGUGUUCAAACAGAUGAUAACAAAGAGGAGAGUGAAGUUAAAAUUCUCUCCAGAUAUACUUUGACGUGAGGCAUCUGAUAGAAGCAAACCUGACUGGAUCCCCUGAUACAGAAGUGUCUCAAAGGAAGAGACAAUUUUGCCUCUGUUUAUUUUGCCUUUCAUUUCAGAGGCAGGUUCAGCAUUGAGGAGCUGUCCUGCUCUCUGGGUCACUGUCUCCCCUCUGUGUUCCCAAGGAACCACACCCUGACAGCUGCCCACAGACUCUGAAACCAGGAGUGAGCAUGGGCAGAAUGAGGAGCCUCAAAUUCACUUACAUUGCUGAUUUAUUUAAGCUGAAAAUUCUGGUGAACCUCUGGGACUGUAUCUGGUAUCCUUAAACCAAGGAGGUACAAGAAGAGGGAUCAGGAGGGUUUGUGAGUCUGACCCACAUAUUGGAGUGUGUGCUGACCCUGGUGCUGUACACUGGACAGGGGGCUGGCCAUGUGUCUUUUGUAUGGAGAUGGACUCAAACACUGAAGCAAUUUAAGGCCUAGAGUCAAAAAAUAUUUUUUUUUCCCUUUGGAUUGAAUUUUAACGCCCCUGAAGGGAGCUGGCUGUGCAACUCUAAUACAAACCUGUAUGAGAUGUGUGGUUAAUGUCUCUUAGUUUUCAGUGGAAAAAUCCCUUGCUGACCAUCUGAUUCCAAAUUCCCAUGAUAUUCAGCAUCAGAUCUCGAUCAGCUGUGGACUGCAAUGCCAGGCAUACUUGGGUCCAGAAGAUUCAGCCUCCAAGGAAUUGUCUUUUACAGAAAAACCUCUUUGGUAUAUAUAUUUUCCCCCGUUCUUUUUUAUAAAUAAAUAUAUACUUUUGAUGAAA